AUGCUUCAUAUCAUCACGCUUGUGUACAACUGCUUACAUCAUGUAGAAACUGUUAUUUUAGUCGUUUUUAUUGUAACAACGAAUGCGUUGCAUUAUGAGCUUUCUUCAAAGUGGUGCCUAUUGCUAAUCAUUCAUAGUUGUUUUUUCUUUCUGACAGCCAAUGAAGAUUUCUCUCAUUUGAGAAGGGGUGCAGGGACAAUUACUUUCUGCGUCCCUGUUUUGUAUCGACGUGUGUUAUGUUUGUUUUUAACUCGAUGCUGUCGCCGCAUUUUUUUUACAAUGCCACCUGGCAGCCACAUGCCCCUCUGUGUAGUGGGCAGUAAGAGGUGA